UAUAGACACAGGCAGUGCACAUUGCUAUAAUAAUGAAUGCCAGCCCACCUCAGUGAUGCUGCUGCAGGCGUGGGGUGGUGCUGAUUUAUUAUUCCUCCGAGGAGGAGUGCACGUGAUCCUCCAAACUGGACGGCAUGCUCCAUUGACUGACGCAUCCAUCCUCUCCUUCUCCACCAAUCACAGCUGCCCGGGGAGUGGGAGGAACCACUGGACUGACAGAGGGCAAUGGAGAGAAGGAGGAGAGAAAAGCAGGUCGGAAAGAAUAACGGAAAUAGCUGGAGACAGGCAUGAGCGGGUCAGAGCGAAUGGAAGGUGUAUUAGGCACGAGUGUGUGUGUGUGAGUCAGCAUGGAGAUGAGGUCGGAGCUGGAAGCUGCCUGGAGGCCAGUGCAGCGCUCUACGAGUGUCUGCGUCUUCAGCACAGCACCGGAAUCUUCUCCCACCUGGAAGAGGACUAGCACUAUCACAGUCAGGAUAGAUAUGAAGUCGGACAGCGAGGGCAGUAUGAGCAGUCAGUCUCAGUCAGUGGUGGACGGAGGUGGUGGACCUGCCCAUGGCCCCCCGGCCAGUCGCAGGGUUGCUGAACCUCCUCCAGCACAGAGGAGCAAUGGCUCCAUUAGUGGUCCCAGCCAAAAUGGCAGUGAAGUGCCAAAGCCUGUGAUGCGCAGGGUGGUGAGGAGGGUAGGUCUGGGGGUGGAGGAGCGUCCUACUUCUGUCCCAGAACCUCCAAAACCCACCUCCACUGCCACCUCUGUACCCAAAUUGACCAAAGCCCCUACUCAGGCUUCCAAUCGAGAGGAUGAUAUUUCUGCAGGUCUGACCAGUCUCAUGGGACGUGGUAGGACCAAAGAACAUCGCGCUCGAUCUCGAGCUGCUGACCGCAAAGAGGCCAAAGAGGAGAAUGUGGAGAACCAGAAAACUGUAGAAGAGGCCAUGCAAGAGGUUCCCACUGCCAACCUGCCUAAAACGGAUACGCUGGCCCCACCUGUGAGCUUCCUCCCUUCACAUAAACCGAACCCCCUCACUCCGUCUGCUAGCCUUACCCCACCUGUCAAGCCAGACCCAUUAGCCCCACCGACUGGCUUCAUCCCACCUGUCAAGCCAGACCCAUUAGCCCCACCGACUGGCUUCAUCCCACCUGUCAAGCCAAAUGCUUUGGCUCUCCCCACUGGUUUCAUCCCACCCACCAAAGCAGACCCACUUGCCCCACCUCCUGGCUUCAUCCCUACCCCUAAACCCAAUACACCUGCUCCACCUGCUGAUGUAGUCCUGCCUUCCAAACCUGACCCUCUUGCACAACCUGCUGGAUUUGUUCCUGCCCCAAAACGAGACCCUUUCACCCCUGUGGCAGGGUUCAUUCCCCGGCCAAAAGCCAACCCACUAGCGCCCCCUGCAGGGUUUAUUCCUGCCCCAAGGAUAAAUGCGGUCCGGAAGUCAGAGGUUAAGGGAGUGUCUCGGCCCUCUGCUGCCCCCGCUGGGAAGCCCCACUCUGGUGCCACUGGUCAACAGAGAUCUCCACUGGGCCCAACCGAGGAUGACCACAAGCGUCUGGAGCAGAUCCUCACUGUGGAAAAACCUGCUGCUAAGGCAGAGGAGGACCCUGUGGCUGUCCUGCAGGCGGCCCACGCAGCUGCCUCUCAACCCAAGCUGAAGACAGAGGAACAGAUAGCUGCAGAACGAGCCUGGUACAGCACAGAGAAAGUAUGGCUGGUUCACAAGGAUGGCUUCUCUUUGGCGACACAGCUGAAGACCGAGGCGGGCAGUCUGCCCGAGGGGAAGGUGAAGAUCAGACUGGAGCAUGAUGGGACGCUGCUGGAAGUGGAUGAGGAUGACGUGGAGAAGGCAAACCCUCCCUCGUACGACCGUGUGGAGGACCUGUCUGGGCUGCUGUACCUGAACGAGUCCAGCGUCAUGCACUCCCUGCGCCAGAGGUACGGAGGGAACCUCAUCUACACGUACGCUGGGCCCAACGUCGUCUUCAUCAACCCGGUCAGCGCUCCGUCCAUGUACUCUGAGAAGGUGAUGCACAUGUUCAAGGGCUGCCGGAGGGAGGACACGGCCCCACAUAUCUACGGUGUGGCCCAGGCCGCGUACCGGAAGCUGCUGACCACACGGCAGGACCAGUCCAUUGUGCUACUGGGUAAAAGCGGCAGCGGCAAGACCACCAACUGCCAGCACCUGGUGCAGUACCUGGUGUCCAUCGCUGGCAGCAAUGGCAAAGUCUAUUCAGCUGAGAAGUGGCAGGCUGUUUACACCAUCCUGGAGGCUUUUGGCAAUUGCAGUACAUCCAUGAAUGGAAAUGCCAGCCGCUUCUCCCAUAUAGUCUCCCUUGACUUUGACCAAGCUGGCCAGGUGGCUUCAGCUUCCAUUCAGACGAUGCUGCUGGAGAAGUUGAGGAUCGCCAGGCGACCAGAGACUGAAUCCACUUUCAAUAUUUUCUAUUACAUGAUGGCCGGAGCUGAUGGUUCUCUCAAGACCGAACUGCACUUCAAUCACUUUGCUGAGAACAGCGCCUUUGGAAUCCUGCCUUACUCCAAGCCUGAGGAAAAGCAGAAAGCUGCACAGCAGUUCACCAAGCUCCAGGCUGCUAUGAAGGUGCUGAACAUUUCAGCUGAGGAGCAAAAAGCCUUCUGGCUGGUCCUGGGGGCAGUCUACCACCUUGGAGCUGCAGGGGCCACCAAAGAGUCAGAUGAAGCUGGUCGUAAGCAGUUUGCGAGGCACGAAUGGGCUCAGAAGGCUGCGUAUCUGCUGGGCUGCACCCUCGAGGAGCUCUCCUCAUCUAUCUUUAAACCACAGGCCAAGGGCACACUCCCCCGAACCUCCAGCGUCCGCCUGGGGGUCGAAGACUCGGGAGACGGCUCAGGGUCUAAGGCCACAGCGAUGGAGUGUUUGGAGGCCAUGGCUGCUGGUUUGUACUCUGAACUCUUCACUCUGCUCAUCUCCCUCAUCAACAGAGCUCUGAAGUCUUCUCAGCACUCUCUGUGCUCUGUGCUGAUUGUGGACACUCCAGGUUUUCAGAAUCCUCGGCAGGUGAAGAGUGAACGAGGAGCCACAUUUGAGGAGCUCUGCCACAAUUACGCUCAGGAGCGUCUGCAGGCCCUUUUCCACGAGCGCACGUUUGUUCAUGAGCUGGAACGUUACAAGGAGGAAAACAUAGAGCUUGCCUUAGAUGACAUCGAACCCAGCACUUCACUCUCCAUUGCUGCUGUAGACCAAGCAUCCAGUCAAGCUUUGGUACGAACCCCAGCGAGGACAGAUGAGGCGAGAGGGCUGCUCUGGCUAAUGGAGGAGGAGGCGCUGCAGCCAGGAGGAUCAGAGGACACACUGCUGGAGAGACUCUUUGGCUACUAUGGGCCUGCAGAGGGAGAGAGCAAAGGUCACACGUUGCUGUUAAAGAGUGAGCGACCACAGCACUUCCUGCUUGGCCACAGCCAUGAGACGGACUGGGUGGAGUACGACGCACGGGGUUGGCUGAAUUAUGCAAAGCAAAAUCCUGCCUCCCAAAGCGCAGCCAGUCUGCUACAGAAUUCCCAGAAGAAGAAUAUCAGCGCUUUGUUCAUCGGUCGUUCUGGUAGCGCGACGGUGCUGUCGGGGUCCAUCGCCGGCCUGGAGGGCGGCUCUCAGCUCGCCUUGCGCCGGGCCACCAGUAUGAGGAAAACCUUCACCACCGGCAUGGCUGCUGUGAAGAAGAAGUCCCUCUGUAUCCAGAUCAAACUGCAAGUGGAUGCAAUACUUGACACAGUCCGGAGGUCCAGGGUUCACUUUGUGCACUGCCUGCUGCCCCUGGCGGAUGCUCCACGAGGAGCAGGUUCUCCUGAAGCUCAGAGCGAGAGCUGUGACCCCAGCCUGAUGCAGCUUGACGUGGCCUUACUGAGGGCCCAGCUCCGCGGCACUAAGCUGCUGGAUGCCCUCCGCAUCUACAGACAAGGGUAUCCUGACCACAUGGUCUUCUCCGAGUUCCGCCGCCGCUUCGACGUCCUGGCUCCUCACCUGACCAAGAAGCUCGGCCGCAACUACAUCGUAAAGGAUGAGAAGAGGGCCGUAGAAGAGCUGCUGGAAUCUCUGGACCUGGAGAAGAGCAGCUAUCAUAUGGGCCUCAGCAGGGUGUUCUUCAGAGCGGGGACUUUGGCUAAACUCGAGGAGCAGAGGGAUGAGCAGACCAGACGAAACAUCACGCUGUUCCAGGCUGCCUGCAGGGGAUACCUGUCCCGCCAGGCCUUCAAGAAGAGAAAGGUGCAGGACCUGGCCAUCCGCUGCAUCCAGAAGAACAUCAAGAAGAACCGAGGCGUGAAGGGCUGGCCCUGGUGGAAGCUCUUCACCAAUGUGCGUCCUCUCGUCGAAGUGCAGCUGACUGAGGAGCAGAUCCGAGGCAAAGAUGAGGAGAUCCAGAAUCUGAGAAUGAAGUUCGAGAAGGUUGAGAAGGAGAGGAACGAGCUCAGGCUGAACACAGAUCGGCUGGAGAGCAGGAUCACAGAGCUGUCGACAGAGCUCACGGAUGAGAGGAACACCGGGGAGUCCGCGUCCCAGCUGCUGGAGACCGAGACGGCUGAGAGACUGCGUCUGGAGAAAGAUAUGAAGGAGCUGCAGGCAAAGUUUGAUGCGAUGAAAAAGCAGAUGGAGUCUAUGGAGAUGGAGGUGAUGGAGGCGCGGCUCAUCAGGGCGUCAGAGCUCAACGGCGAGAUGGAUGACGACGAUGAUGAAGCUGGCGGUGAGUGGAAGCUGAAGUACGACAGAGCUAUCAGAGAAGCAGAGUUCACUAAGAAGAGAUUACAUCAGGAGUUUGAUGACAAGUUGGAGACAGAGCAGCAGAACAAGAGGCAUCUAGAGAGAAAACUAACUGACCUACAGGCGGAUUACGAGGAGAGCCAGCGCUCUCUGCAGCAGGCAAAAAAGAAGAGUCAGAGACUCAUGGCUGAGCUCCAGGACACCAAGCUGCACCUGGAAGGACAGCAGAGCCGCAACCACGAGCUGGAGAAGAAACAGAGGAAGUUUGAUCUGGAGCAAAACCAGGCUCAGGAUGAAGUGCAGAGAGAGAGGAGUCAGCGGGAGAAGCUGUCCAGAGAGAGAGACGUGCUGACCGGAGAAGUGUUUACACUCAGACAGCAGCUGCAGGAUAAGGAGGUGGAGCUAUGUGGGCUGAAUGUGAAGCUGGAGCAGCUGGAGGCGGAGCUCCAGGAUCUUUCCUCUCAGGAGUCAAAGGACGAGGCCUCGCUGGCCAAACUCAAGAAGCAGCUCCGCGAAUUGGAAGCGAAGGUCAAAGAUCAGGAAGAGGAGUUGGACGAACAGGCCGGAACAAUCCAAAUGCUGGAGCAGGCCAAGUUGCGUCUCGAGAUGGAGAUGGAGAGGCUGAGGCAGACGCACUCGAAAGAGAUUGAGAGCAAGGAUGAAGAGGUGGAAGAGAUCAGACAGUCCUGCAGUAAGAAGCUGAAGCAGAUGGAAGUACAGUUGGAGGAGGAGUACGAUGAUAAGCAGAGGGUUCUGAGAGAGAAGAGAGAUCUGGAAAAUAAACUGCUCAGUGCUCAGGAACAGGUGAGCCAAAGGGAUGUGGAGACGGAGAGGCGUCUAAAAAAAGAUCUCAAGCGCACCAAGGUCCUGCUGGCCGAUGCUCAGGUCAUGCUGGACCAUCUGAAGAACAAUGCGCCGAGCAAGAGGGAGAUAACUCAACUCAAGAACCAGCUGGAGGAGUCAGAGUUCACCUCUGCAACUGCUGUGAAAGCUCGCAAGUCAAUGGAGCUGGAGAUUGAGGACUUGCAUAUCCAGAUGGAGGACAUAUCCAAGGCCAAGAUGUCUCUGGAGGAGCAGGUGAGUCGACUGCAGAGGGAAAAGAACGACCUACAGUCGCGUCUGGAGGAGGACCAAGAGGACAUGAACGAGCUGAUGAAGAAGCACAAGGCAGCUGUGGCACAGUCUGCGAGAGACCUGGCCCAGAUCAGUGACCUGCAAGCUCAGUUGGAGGAGGCUGCAAAGGAGAAGCAGGAGAUUCAAGAUAAGCUCCAGUCUCUACAGAGCCAGCUUGAGUUCCAGGAGCAGUCCAUGGUAGAGAAGUCCCUGGUCAGCCGGCAGGAGGCCAAGAUCCGUGAGCUGGAGACCAAACUGGAGUACGAGAGGACCCAGAUCAAACGCCUGGAGACUCUGGUGGCACGGCUGAAGGAGAACCUGGAGAAGAUGACGGAGGAGAAGGACCAGCGCGUUGCUGGUGAGAACCGGGAGAAGGAGCAGAACAAGCGCAUGCAGCGGCAGAUGCGCGACAUCAAGGAGGAGAUGACCGAGCUGGCCAAAAAAGAGACGGAGGCCAGUCGCAAGAAACAUGAACUGGAAAUGGACAUUGAAAGCCUGGAAGCAGCCAAUCAGAGCCUGCAGGCAGACCUCAAAUUGGCCUUUAAGAGGAUCGGCGAUCUACAGGCAGCCAUUGAGGAUGAGAUGGAGAGUGAUGAUAAUGAUGACCUCAUCAACAGUUUACAAGACAUGGUGACAAAGUAUCAGAAAAGGAAGAACAAAACUGGAGAAGACUCAGACCUGGACUCUGAGGUGGAGGACCGUGUGGAUGGGGUGAAAUCAUGGCUCUCGAAGAAUAAGGGCUCCACCAAGACUCUAUCAGACGAGGGCAGCUUGAAGACCCCCAGCCUCAAAUACCCUAAUGCAGCUAACGCUGAUGUCAAAGAUGUAAAAGAAGGGAAAGAGGGUAAGGAAGGGCAGGAAGUGAAAGAAAAAGAUGACAAAAAUUCAGAGCAGAUCAGGUCAGUGUCUGUAAUGAGCUCCCUCAGCUACAGGAAACGCUCCAACCUGAAAGACUCCAUCGGAGGCACGGGGGAUGAGAGCUCCCUCUUCAGCGCCCUGAAGGAGCAGCCAGACACCCCGGACCGCUCCUCGUUCCGCAAGGCAAAGAAUAAAUCUGGCGAGAAGGCUGGAGAUGAUCCAGAUGACCGUGGCUCUGUCAUCUCCCAAGCUUACUCUGAGGCUACAAGCAUGGCCAGGAAAGGUCUUGACAGACGCUGGACCAAGAGCAGCCCAGAUUUCGAUAAAGAAUCCACUGUGUCCUCUGUGGCACCCAGCAGAGCCUCAACACGCCGCGGCUUAGACCAGGAUGAUGAUGCCAAGUCUACCCUGAGCAACUACAGCUUACGCCGCAGCACCUCAUGGAUGGAUGACAGCCGUAGCGACUUUGGCCCUUCAACCAGUCCUGGCCUGAGUCGGCGCUCAGGAGGACGGAGCCCUGGAAGCAUCAGCCUCACCUCUCGGACCUCAUUGGCCCGCAGCAGCCGGCUAAGCGAGUUUGGUGUGGACUUGGAUGAUGAUGACGAUGCUAUGAGUGUGGCCUUCAGUGAGGGUGGAGUCUCGGCCUACAGCCCUCGAUCUCUAGGUCGGAGCCUGUCCACCCCUGCCCAGGCUCGCCCUUCCGAAGAUGGCCAGGAAGGCACAGAUAUUAAACCUGUCAGUCACCGGAACUAUCUAGACCCAGAUCUGGAAAAAGCAAUCAAUGAGGUCCUCAGCUUCAAGCCCAUCAAGUUCAAGCGCCGCAGUCUGGAAGACUCUGAUGAAGAGCAGGAUAAGGGAGGAGUAGAAGAAGUCCUGGACAACCGAAAAGGUGUCCGCAGUCUCAGGAGUGCCCUGCAAGAUGAUGAUGACGAUGCUGGUCUAGGCCGAAGCGCAUCCAGUCUGCGCCGCUCAGCAUCUGGCUCAGUGCUGGACUAUGGCCGCACCUCCAGCAGCUUAAGCUCUCGCAGCCGCAGCACCAGCCACAAAGUCAAGAAGAAGAAAAAGAAUCGUGACACUGAAUCUGAGAGCUCCUCAGAGGAGGACCGCAGGAAGAGCUCCAGGAAUAAAGGGAAGAAAGGUUCCAGAAAGAGCCGGAAGAAGGAGAGUGAGUCUGAAUCUGAAUCCGAAUCAUCUGAGUCAGAAUCCUCAGACUCCGAAUCGUCCUCCAGCUCUGGGUCCACUGUCUCCUACCGGAGUUCCAGCAGUAUCAAGAAGGGCUUGGGCAGGGGCGCAAUGGGAUCGGACGGGGAAAGGGGACCAGAUGGUCCUGUGGAGAGACCCCCGAGCAAGAAAGAAGACAAGAGGAAGAAAAAGAAAGUGAACAACCUGGUGAUGAAGUACCUCUACAGGCCUGAUGAUGAUUAAAAACAUGCUGCAGCCCACCUCUCUACAAGAGGCACUUGAGCCGAACAGUGGAGGAAACGGCAGAGGAGGAGAAAGAUCUCCAGCAGUCCAGCCAGACUCUCGUAAUUGACGGCAGCAACGAUACUAGGCUUGCGGAGGCCACAGCGUAGA